CUGCAAUUACUCAGACACCACCUGCAUUCCCACGCUCACUUUCAUAGUCAAAGUGACCAAUAAUAUCAAUGAAAUCUUUCCGCGAAUGCGUUUUUUGUGUUGACGCCAAAACUUGUUUAAAACGUCUUAUUUGCAUCAGCAAUUCAGUAUUGCUCCAUCAUCUGUGGUGGGUAGUGUCGAUAAUUGUGCAAUGUCUUCGUUAAAUUUACGGAACCACGCAUUUUUAAAAUCACCACCCAUGGACCAUCAAGUUAUUCAAGUCAAUGGCCAACGCAUUUACUCCCCGUGUGCAUCUUCCGGAAUCCGCCCUCCGCCAAAAGGAACGGAAAUUUUCAUCGGAAACCUCCCCCCGGAUUUAUACGAAGACGAACUCAUCCCCCUAUUCAGCCAAAAAGGCCCUAUUUACAACCUAAGACUCAUGAUGGACUUCUUCGGACGUACCCGAGGGUACGGUUUCAUUUCGUACUUCACACAAGAAGAUGCUCAUGCCGCUGUGGCAGCUUUUAAUAAUUAUAAGAUUAGAAAUAAGGGCAAGAUUGCUGUUUCAAUGUCGGUGGAUAAUCGCCGGUUGUUUAUCGGAAAUAUACCAAGACACGUUACUUUGAGCGAAAUUCAGAGUGUGUUGGAAAAAUACGUCGAAGGCAUCGUCGAUAUUAUUUUUUAUCAUGAACCUUAUAACGAUAGUAUCAACAGAGGAUUUAUUUUUGUGGAGUUUGAAAGCCACCGUUUAGCUGCAAUUGCUCGCAGACAGUUGUCCCCAGGAAACUUGACGAUCUGGGGAAAACCUAUUUUUGUUGACUGGGCCGAACCUCUACCGGUAGUUAAUCCGCAAAUUUUAAAGCAGGUCACGAAAUUAUACCUGAGCAACCUGCCAAUGACUUUGUCUUCUGAGGAAUUGAAAAGUUUUUUAUGCGAGCUCUUGGACCCCAGCCACAUCAUCAAGGUCCAUAAAAUCAACAAUUUUGCUUUUGUUCAUUUCACCCUCCGAAAGUAUGCCGAAGAAGCCUUCAGAAAGCUAACAGGACUGGUUAUGAUGGACAAAUUGAUUGGGGUCGAAUGGGCCAGACCGAUUGAAUAUAGCAAACAAUACCGUCUGGAGAAACUCCCGGAUAAUUUUUGCAAAUCGGUACCUCCAGCUCAAAGAAAACUGGUUCAGAGCUCAAUCAAUCUGAAAAAGGGUCUGAGCUGUCGUCAAUUUUGGUAGUCUAAUGGCAGUUCAAUAAGGACGGACGGAAUAUGUGAAAAUAUAACCCAUGUUACGACUAUUAAUUUUGUAUUUUUUUGCUAAUGAA